UACUGUAGUGAGUUAGAAGGCUCCAGGGAGAGCGCCACGGGAGGUGCAGCAGGCACGCACCAUACACCGUUUGGCCCUUUUCCAAAACUGUGGGGUCUGCGGUGGCGGGAAAAGCACCACCCAGCCUCAAUAUGUCACCUCGCGGAGGAGGAGCCAGAUGGCUGAGUGCUAGCAAGGAAAAUUCAGGACCAUGAUGGCUCAGUUUCCCACAGCUAUGAAUGGAGGGCCAAACAUGUGGGCUAUCACCUCUGAAGAACGGACUAAGCAUGACAAGCAGUUUGAUAACCUCAAACCCUCAGGAGGUUACAUAACAGGUGAUCAAGCACGUACCUUUUUCUUACAGUCAGGCCUGCCAGCUCCUGUUUUAGCUGAAAUAUGGGCUUUGUCAGACCUGAACAAGGAUGGGAAGAUGGAUCAGCAAGAGUUCUCCAUAGCUAUGAAACUCAUCAAACUAAAGCUUCAAGGCCAACAGUUGCCCGUGGUUCUUCCCCCUAUUAUGAAACAACCUCCUAUGUUCUCUCCAUUAAUUUCUGCUCGUUUUGGAAUGGGAAGCAUGCCCAAUCUGUCCCUUCCUCAGUCAUUGCCUCCGGUCGCACACAUAGCAACUCCCUUGUCCUCUGCGACUUCAGGGACCACCCGUCCUCCCCUAAUGAUGCCUGCCCCCCUAGUGCCUUCUGUUAGCACUUCAUCAUUACCAAAUGGAACCGCCAGUCUCAUUCAGCCUUUAUCCAUUCCUUAUUCUUCUUCAACAUUGCCUCAUACGUCGUCUUACAGUCUGAUGAUGGGAGGAUUUGGUGGUGCUAGUAUACAGAAAGCCCAGUCUCUGAUUGAUUUAGGAUCCAGUAGCUCAACUUCCUCAACUGCUUCCCUCUCAGGGAACUCACCCAAGACUGGGACCUCAGAGUGGGCAGUUCCUCAGCCUUCAAGAUUAAAAUAUCGGCAAAAAUUUAAUAGUCUUGACAAAAGCAUGAGUGGAUACCUCUCAGGUUUUCAAGCUAGAAAUGCCCUUCUUCAGUCAAACCUUUCUCAAACUCAGCUAGCUACUAUUUGGACUCUGGCUGACAUUGAUGGUGAUGGGCAGCUAAAAGCUGAGGAGUUUAUCCUUGCAAUGCACCUCACUGAUAUGGCCAAAGCUGGACAGCCAUUGCCACUGACUUUACCUCCGGAGCUUGUCCCUCCGUCUUUUAGAGGAGGAAAGCAAAUUGAUUCCAUUAAUGGAACUCUGCCUUCAUAUCAGAAAAUACAAGAAGAGGAACCUCAGAAAAAAUUACCAGUUACGUUCGAGGACAAGCGGAAAGCCAACUAUGAGCGGGGGAACAUGGAACUGGAGAAGCGACGCCAGGCCAUGAUGGAGCAGCAGCAGAGGGAGGCAGAGCGCAAAGCCCAGAAGGAAAAGGAAGAGUGGGAACGGAAACAGAGAGAGUUACAAGAGCAAGAAUGGAAGAAGCAACUGGAAUUAGAAAAACGCUUGGAGAAGCAGAGGGAAUUGGAGAGACAACGGGAGGAAGAAAGGAGAAAAGAGAUAGAAAGACGAGAGGCAGCAAAACAAGAACUUGAAAGACAACGUCGUUUAGAAUGGGAGAGAAUUCGUAGACAGGAGCUUCUCAAUCGAAGGAAUAGAGAACAGGAAGAAAUUGUCAGGUUAAACUCUAAAAAGAAAAGCCUUCAUCUCGAGUUGGAAGCACUGAAUGGCAAACAUCAGCAGAUCUCAAGCAGACUUCAAGACGUCCGACUCAGGAAGCAAACUCAAAAGACUGAGCUGGAAGUUCUGGAUAAGCAGUGUGAUCUGGAAAUUAUGGAAAUCAGGCAGCUUCAACAGGAACUUCAGGAAUAUCAAAAUAAGCUUAUCUAUUUGGUGCCAGAGAAGCAAUUAUUAAAUGAAAGAAUUAAAAAUAUGCAGCUCAGUAACACACCUGAUUUAGGAGUCGGUUUACUUCAUAAAAAAUCAUUAGAAAAGGAAGAAUUAUGCCAAAGACUUAAAGAACAAUUAGAUGCUCUUGAAAAAGAAACUGCAUCUAAGCUAUCAGAAAUGGAUUCAUUUAACAAUCAACUAAAGUGUGGGAAUAUGGAUGACUCUGUUCUUCAGUGCCUUUUGUCUCUGCUAAGCUGUCUCAACAACCUCUUCCUCUUACUUAAGGAACUGAGAGAAAGCUACAAUACACAGCAGUUAGCCCUUGAACAACUUUAUAAGAUCAAACGUGACAAGCUGAGGGAAAUUGAAAGAAAACGAUUAGAGCUAAUACAGAAAAAGAAACUAGAAGACGAGGCUACAAGGAAAGCAAAACAAGGAAAAGAAAACUUAUGGAAAGAAAAUCUUAGAAAGGAGGAAGAAGAAAAACAAAAGCGACUCCAAGAAGAAAAAACACAAGAAAAAGUUCAAGAAGUGGAGUGGAAAGCUGAGGAGAAACAAAGUGAGCCAGCCAGUGCUUUGGUAAAUUACAGAGCAUUAUAUUGCUUUGAAGCAAGGAACCAUGACGAAAUGAGUUUUAAUUCUGGGGAUAUAAUACAGGUUGAUGAAAAAACCAUAGGAGAACCUGGUUGGCUUUAUGGUAGUUUUCAAGGAAAUUUUGGCUGGUUUCCAUGCAACUAUGUAGAAAAAAUAAUGUCUGAAAAAUCUGUGUCGCCUAAGAAGGCCUUACUUCCUCCUACAGUGUCUUUAUCUGCUACCUCAACUUCUGAAUCACUUUCUUCAAAUCAACCAGCAUCAGUGACUGAUUAUCAAAACGUAUCGUUUUCAAGCCUAACUGUUAACACAUCAUGGCAGAAAAAAUCAGCUUUUACUCGCACUGUGUCCCCUGUAUCUACAUCACCUAUUCACGGACAGGGACAGGUUGUAGAAAACCUAAAAGCACAGGCCCUUUGUUCCUGGACUGCAAAGAAAGAUAACCACUUGAACUUCUCAAAACAUGAUAUCAUUACUGUCUUGGAGCAGCAAGAAAAUUGGUGGUUUGGGGAGGUGCAUGGAGGAAGAGGAUGGUUUCCAAAAUCUUACGUCAAAAUCAUCCCUGGGAGUGAAGUCAGGCGGGAAGAACCAGAAGCUUUGUAUGCAGCUGUAAACAAGAAACCUACCUCUGCAGCCUCUACAGUGGGAGAAGAGUAUAUUGCACUUUAUCCGUAUUCAAGUGCAGAACCUGGAGAUUUGACUUUCACUGAAGGUGAAGAAAUAUUGGUGACCCAGAAAGAUGGAGAAUGGUGGACAGGAAGUAUCGGAGAUAGAACUGGAAUUUUUCCAUCAAAUUACGUCAAACCAAAAGAUCACGAGGAUUUUGGGAGUGCUAGCAAAUCUGGAACAUCAAACAAGAAACCUGAGAUUGCUCAAGUAACUUCAGCAUAUGUGGCUUCUGGUUCUGAACAGCUUAGCCUUGCACCAGGACAGUUAAUAUUAAUUCUAAAGAAAAAUACAAGUGGCUGGUGGCAAGGGGAGUUACAGGCCAGAGGAAAAAAGCGACAGAAGGGAUGGUUCCCUGCCAGCCAUGUUAAACUUUUGGGUCCAAGCAGUGAAAGAACUACACCUGCCUUUCAUCCUGUGUGUCAGGUGAUCGCCAUGUAUGACUAUAUAGCAAAUAAUGAGGAUGAGCUAAAUUUCUCCAAGGGGCAACUUAUUAAUGUUUUGAACAAAGAUGAUCCUGACUGGUGGCAAGGAGAAAUCAAUGGGGUGACUGGUCUCUUUCCUUCAAAUUAUGUUAAGAUGACAACAGACACGGAUCCAAGUCAGCAGUGACCCAAUGUUGUCUUCCAGUGUGAAAGCACCCCAGAGACCCACUAUCCAAGUUUGACUCUAGCGUGGAGGCAGGGCAGGCAGCCCUGAUCAAAUAUCUCCUACACAAUUCGUUAACUUCGUUCGAAUGUUAGAGCCACUUGUGAUUAUUUCUUCGUGUUUCUAAUUUACAGUUAAAAUUUACUUGUAACAAGUUAAAGGAUAGUGGGUCUUUGUGUGGCUUUCCCUGCUGUUCACUCUGGCAUCCUUGAGCAUUUUUCUUCUUUUUUAAUUUGGUAAUUGUAGGUCAUUAGCAUGCAUGUUGAGUUUGCCCUUACAUGGUGGGAGUUCAAACACACAAAGACCCACUAUUUGCACAGACUUUUCUCGCUGGUUUGGAAUGGGCUGCCAUGCUUUUCUAAUGUUAUUGCAACAUGUAUAUUCAUUACAGAAUUCAGAAUUGCUUAUGUUUUGCUAUUAUAUUUGAUCUAAUCCUAAUCACAGUGAGCUCUUAAUUGGUUCAAUAUGUGAUUUGUCCCUUAAUGUGCACUGUUUAUUACUUUCUAAUAUGCCACUAUGAGUACCAAUAUUUAAAUUUGUUUAAAGGCCAAGAAGUGGAAAUAUCCUUUUCUCUAUUUUCUGUGUAUUUUGGGGUGGGAGCAAUAACACUUUGAGGGAGCUUUUAUUAUCUCACAGAAGAGGAAAGUGGCCUGCCCCAGCCAUAUGUGCAGAGCAGGGUAUGUUUUAUCUGUUCUGGCUGCCCAAGAAUGAGUCCUGUGCAUGGGAGUUCCCUUGGGAUCUCUGUGGUCUGGGCUCAUGAAGAAGCUUCAUGUGCUACAGCGGUCAGUUGUUACUUCUUUACUAAUGAGCUAAAAAUGGAUUAUUUUUGAGGAAUGAAAGGCUCCCUUUGACCAUGAGAUAUGAAACCUUCCCUUCCUUAGAGCAUUUAUAUCUGUACAUUUUGAAGUCAGAAUUCAUGUUAUCUAUUUUAAUUAGGUGACUGCUUGUCCCAGGUCACAAAGGGACACUGGUUGACACUCUUCUUAAUGUAUUUAGUAAAGAACAUAAGGAAUCCUUGAAGAAUUUAAAUGCCCAUGAAGCAGGCAGACAGUCUCUGUCUAGUUGAGAAUGAAUUCAGUGAAGGAAACGUGUGAGAGCUGGCAUUCCUCUAUGUCCAUGAAGCUGCUUUGUGGCUAGAGGGUUGAUUUUACCAUUCAGAAUUCUCUGGCUACUAUCUAUUAUUCAACCACAUUGGCUACUUUGGCAUAGGAUUUUACUUCUUUUCCUUGAAUGGAAAACUUUAAAGAUAAUAAACAUUAUUAUAAACUAAUAAACGUGAGAGUACUUAGCUGAAACAAAAGGGAGUUUUAGUGGACAGUAUUAAACUAUAUUUGAAAAUCAAUGAGAAGUUUAUGCAAUUUAAAAUGUUUACAAACUGCAGUGCAAUCUACUGUUUAUGAAUGUCCAAGUAUUAUCAGGAAAAGUGUACAUACAAUCACAGAGUCUUAUUUCCUCACACAGUUCUUUAAGAAGAGUGAAAUAUGUUUUUAUAUAUCUGAGUUUUAAGUUAGAGGCAUAUCUUGUGCAAUAUUUGUGUAAAUGAGCCUAUUCAUUAUAAAUGAAUGAUUUUAGUCAUACAUUGCCUAAAUCAUAACUUCGCAACACUUGAGAAAGAAUCAACAGUUUAGUUAGAACGUCACAAGGUUCAAAUGUCUGUGUUCCAAAAUACUUCACAUCAUUGGGAUGUAUGGUGAUAUGUGUGUGUGCUCCCUGAGGCAGGGAUUUCUAGCUAUUAGACCACCUCAACUUUUAGCAUUUGGCAUCAUCAUGAUACUUUGUUUUUUUGGGUUUUUUUGCGGUACGCGGGCCUCUCACUGUUGUGGCCUCUCCCGUUGCGGAGCACAGGCUCCGGACACGCAGGCUCAGCAGCCAUGGCUCACAGGCCCAGCCGCCCCGCGGCAUGUGGGAUCUUCCCGGACCAGGGCACAAACCCGUGUCCCCUGAAUCGGCAGGCAGACUCUCAACCACUGUGCCACCAGGGAAGCCCUACCAUGAUACUUUUAUAAAACAUGACAUAUAGGAAAGCAAUAAUACCAUUUUACAGGUGGCAUAACAGAUUUGCCUGCAGUCACUGAAGGGUAGAGUGUAAAGACUGAGUCCUUGUGAAUUCAACUGAUCUUCUAAAUUGUACAGUUUACUUGGUCUUGCCUUUUAUUUUCUGAACUUUUUGCUUUUGCAACCGUUAUUUGGGUUCAAAUUAAGGGCAGUUACUUUAAAUCCAUUUUAAACCCUGAGGUUAGAAAUUAGACCACUUAAUUAGUCACAUGAUUUGGUGUAACAUUUUCUCCUUAUAAUUUUGAAUUUGGGUUUAUUUAAUACACUGAUAAAUUAUUUCAAAAGUAUUUUUGUAGCUCAAAUUGCUUCACUUUUACACUGAUAAAUAUAGUUUAUUAAGAAUGACAUUCAGUAGAGCUUAGUGUCUGUAAAUCAGUUUGCAAGUAAUAUAUUCAUCAGGUACCUAUGGACUAAAUCACAUAAUGGCAUAUUUAAGCUAAGUGUCUGGGAAAUAAAUUCACUGUAUUUACAAAAAUACCCCUCUUUGUUUAGGUAUUUUGUCAUAUAUUUGAGAAGAAACUAAAAGUAAAGGAAAUGGUAUGACAUAUAAUAAUAACUUGUCCUUAAAAGAGCAUGCAGUCCUUUGCAAUACCUCGUAUUCAGCCACGUAUUUGUUCUCAUUCAGUAUAAGAGGCAGCUUUCCAUUUACUUAGAAAGCAACAUAGAAAGCAACAUUGGAAGGAGUUUAUCAGGAACAUAAAAUUUUAGAAUGAACAAAUCUGAACCCUGUAGGAGGUAAAGAAUGAAAAUUUAUUUAAAAAUUGCAAUAUGUGCUGAUCAUUUUUAAGGUAUAUGAUUAAACCUGAUAGGUUUUUCAGCAAUGAAAAAAUCAGUUCUAAGACCAAAGCUGAUUUUUUUAGAACACUUGAAAAUCUAAAUCCACCCUACCUGUUGUAUAGUUUCCUCUAAAACUUUAUCCUAAGGAAUCAUUUUAAAAUAAUACAACUAUUAAAACAAUGUAACUGCUAUUUUAGUGUUUUAAAAUAUAAUAUGAAUACUGAUAGUUUAAAAUAAAGGAACUGGGGGGAGGAAAAGUAGAGAAAGAAAUGCCAAUUUCAGUCCAAAGCUUUAUUUGCCAAAUUUUCUUAGGAUGAAUUUUACCAGGUUAUAAAUUCUUGUAAAUAGAAUCUAUAAUGGAAAUACUGAGAGACUUUUGCGUGAAGUGGCAUUAUUGGAUGCUGCUGUGAUGCUACUGUAAUGUAAUAAAUUAUUAAAUUGUUGCAAAGUGCUGUUUUUUUGCCUUAAAUUUUUAUUUUGUGCGUCUUGAAAAUUAUAGUAUUAAAGGUCUUGAGAUUUGUGCAAAUGCUGGAAACGCUUGGCAUGAGGUCAUCCGUUUUUAUUUUUACAAAAUUGUAAUAUAACUAUGCAAGUGUGUUUAUUAAAAGGACACAAACUACA